UUGUUGCAGGAUUGUCACUUCACUAAAACCAAGGAUGACACAGCUCUUCGUGUUGUUUACCAGGGAAACCUGUAUUUGGGAGGAUGUGGCGGCUGCUGUAAGCGAUGGUUCAUCACUUUCAAUGGAGCCGAGUGCAGUGGUCCCCUGCCUAUUGACGCAGUGCUGUGGAUCCGAAAUAAAGACGAAGACAACCACAGACCCGGGUUCAUUGAGGGCUACUGUAACAACAUACACAAGGGCAAAAUCCGAGUUGGAAUCAAUAUUGGAAAUUGUGCAGGAUAUGGAAAUUCUGAUGGCAACACAGGCUGGAUUUCAGUGUCCCGUUUGAUCAUUGAAGAAGUUCCUCGGUCUCAGUAA